UAUCUUUAGCACCGCCACGGAUUACGGUGCGCAGUGUGUGGACGGACCCGGUGCUACCUGCUCGGAUCGCUGCUGUGUCUCACCUUGCGCUGAAGCUUCCUUUCUAUUGCUUUAAAUAAAAACAAAAACGUACACAAAACACGACGAAAGGCGAUGGGGGAAUGACAACAACACCCGUCCCCGUCUUGCGGUUCUCCGUCCCCGAGAAGACCGAAGGAUGCUGCUGCCGCUCUCCAGCCCGCGGAACGGACGCCAGCACCGGGCCUCGCCGCUGCUGCUCGCCGCGGUCCUGCUCUGCGUUGUCCCCGUCAGCGUUAGCCUCCCAGCUCACAGUCGGUGCCCCAGCCCCAUAGAAUGUGCCCAGCAAAGGCGCCGCUUCUGCCAGCCUGGCUCUUCCUACUGUGGUCCCUGCAUGUCCCCGUUGCAAGAGAACGAGGAAGGACGCUGUGUCCUGAUGAGGCACCGUCAACAUGGUAAAAUGACCUCCUACACUGACCUGGAUGAAGAGAUCGAUUUCCUUCACUCUGUCAUUGCGAAACAGGAAGUGUCACAGAUGAAAACACCAAAAAAGCAAUCCAAACAUCCUGCUGCCAUCACCUCCCAAACAGAUGUUAAGAACAGCAAGACAGAUGCCUCCAAACACCAACAGCCGAACCAGUUGAGGCUCUUAGCUGAAACCCAGCAGACAACCACUGCAGCCCCACGCCCCUCACUUACCACCACCCCCAACACCCCCACCCCACAGCCCAGAGUUACAGGGGCCGGGGGCCGAGGUGGGCCCAUAGCCGUGCCAACACCCAAGAACGACAACAUUAUCGUCAUCAUCAUCUCGCUGUGUGUGGUCGUGGGCACCGUGGCAGUGAGCGUGGCGACUAUCUGUUACAUCAAGUUGCAGAGAGAAUCACGUCUUGCGGAGAAGGUGGAUUACCCUGCCUUCGGAGGGGUGAGCGCGCCUCCUCCCCCAGCCAAUGGCACUAUGAUGGGAGAUAAAACUCUGGCCCAAAGUGCUCAGAUGUAUCACUAUCAGCAUCAAAAACAGCAGAUGCUCUCAAUGGGAAACCACAAACCUGAACCGAAAGGCCAUGAGAACGAGGUCACAUCAGAUGAAGAAGAAGUGGGAGGAGACUUCACAGUAUACGAGUGCCCCGGACUCGCACCGACUGGAGAGAUGGAAGUGAAGAACCCUCUGUUUGAUGACUCAACUAUAAAUUAUCAGGGGAAUCAAAAGUGAAUGCUGAACACUUUACAGAUGUACACACACACACACACACACACACACACACACACACAGAGGCACACAAGCCAUUUUUUCCCUGUAAGAAACCUCUUAAACUCACACUGCAUGCAUGGAAAUGAAGGAUUGUGGCAGAGGAUGAGGUGAUAAAAAAAUGAUUGUUUUCUCGUCCGCCCCCUUUACCGUGUCUGCUCCUGUGCAGCUUUUAACGCGACAAACGUACGUCGGAUCCCUUUGUUAAUUUAUUCCCAUCACUUGGUUUGGACCAACCCUGUCUUUUAAUGUAAGAUUUUAAGUCCUGCUGGAAAUGCCCCCCAAUUGGUGUUUGUCCUGUUUAAAUGUCAAACGCUAAGUUACGACCUGCUCCUCCACCUUUGUUACUGUCCUACAUUUCUGCAGCUGUUUCCAAAGAAUGUGAUACAACAACCGAAUUAUGUACCACACAGACACAUGUAAGCUACAAAAAAAAGAAAUUAAUAAAAAAAAAAUAGGUGCACUCCCUUGUUUUGUCAUGCAAAACUGGUGGCAAAACCGCAUUCCUACCACGUGUCCAGGAAAUAUUGAAUAUCAGACCUCUGUGAAACCUCUGUAAAAAAAAAAAACUCCCCUCAUGCAAGACAAGGUUUAGCAUUUAAAAAAAAAAUGUUACCGCUGGUGUUGCUAAUUUUAUUUCUUGUCACAUAAGCUGCACUUAAAGGUUUUAAGAUUAUUAGAAUAUACAGUAGAUAUAUUAAACAUAGAUGAAAAACGAAGUACUCGAUGAUGUCUGUUGCAUGGUUUGAUUGUACUGUGUUUGAAUCAUGGCAAUGCAUUGAUGAAUUAUCCUGCCUCCUGUAUAUAUGCAUCCUGUUGCUGCAGGAGGAAUGUCUAAGUGGCUUCUGAGCACUUGAAAUUUUGGAGUCGGGCUACACAGAUGGACGCGUAGUUGGUAAAUGUCACUAUCUUGUAUCGUCCUCUUUUUUCCUCCCCAUCUGUCCUCUUAUCGGCCCCGAGUUAACAUUGUGCUGAACAAUGUACAUACAAAGAGUGAUGGUGUUCACUUUUUAUAGAUAUUUGUACAUGCAAACUAAAGAUUGGAAUUAAAACUUUUUACCACAUGUGAAAAAAA